GCUCCUCUUCAGUUCGUUGCUGACCAUCGUUACGUGCGGACGUGCCCAGCUCAGCUCAUCUCCGUGUGAUGUGGCUGCACUUUGCACACUUAACUUAAGACCUGAGCCCCAAACAUUUUCAAAUCUGAAUACCAAAAGUGCCGCGACGCGAGUGACAAAUAAAAACCCUUCGCCUCAAAACAAAAAAACGCACAAAACAUAUAUUAACGACUGCAACGAGAGGAGUACCGCAGACCAGCAAAAUAACCCAAGGCAGUGGGUACAAAUCGAAAGAAAAAAGCAGUCAAAAAACAUACAAAAGGAGGGAAAAGCGAAAAAAGCGAGAAAAGCCUUCCCAGGGAGAUCCGAGCCAGCUUCUUGGAGAUUGGAUAUUCAGAAGCGGCAAUGACGGCCACUGCGACUGCGAGGCAGUCAGCAACAUCGAGAAAGCAACCUGCGAUCGCAAUGUUCAAUGGCAACGCUUUUACGGUUAAGCGGCUCUUAGCGCUGCUAAUCAUCGUUACAGUUGUGGAUGCGAGUCGAGCAUUGGAACUGGGGGACAAGUGCCAGCAUGAUAUGGACUGCACGGAUUUCAUCAAGGGCAGCAGCUGCUCCGCCCUCGGAUACUGCGAGUGUGCCCCCUACUUUGUCCAGUUGAAUUCCAAGCGCUGUUUGUCAUCGCAACUUCUUGGCGGCGACUGCCAGCUGAGCGAACAGUGUUCCAUGAAAGUGGCCAAUAGCAGUUGCCUGGAGGGGGCAUGCCGCUGCGUCGAGGGAUUCCUGCAGUUCCGCAAACACACCUGUCUGGGACCUGCCCAUCCUGGCGCCGUUUGCUACAGCCACGCCCACUGUCAAAUGUUCGACACCCGCACCCACUGUGACUUCCUCAUCCCGAAUUUGUUUGGACGCUGCCAGUGCACGAGUCCCGCCAAGAUGGUUGCUGGUCUCUGUGUGGCCCCGGCGGCGGAUCAGGAGGAUCCGAAGCAGGAACAGGCCAUCGAGAAGGUGGAGCAGCCAAGUACUACCACGACGACGACGACGACAACAACAACUCCCAAGCCCACUACAACUACAAGGAGACCGACGACGACGACAACUACUCCUGCACCCACAACAACAACCAGAAGAACAACGACAACUCCUGUUCCCUUGCUCCUAGAAGAUGAGCUGCCCGCCAGUGUGGAGGAGCAAUCCCUCGAAGAGGACGAUGGUGAGGCCACCAAGCUGAGACCUGAGGUCACCGAUGUGGACAAUGGCGAGAAAUUAGAGGCUGUGGACAUGGCCCAUGAGGAAACUGAACUAACACAGCAGCAACACCAAGAAGAGGAGCAGCAACAUCAGGAAGAGGAGCAUAAAAAACAAGAAGAGGAGCAAAAAGAGCAGGAAGAAGAGCAGAAAAGGCAGGAAGAGGAGCUGAAACACCAAGAAGAAGAGCAACAGCAACCUCAAGCGAUCAUCCCACAAGCAAAUGAGCCGGAGAAUACGCAAGCCUCUCAAGAUGUCACCACUGGAGUACAGCAGCUACUGACACCCGCAGAUGUGCCCACCGAGAAUGCCAUUAGUGUGGACCAGGAAACCGAAGCUGGACCCACCGAAGAUUAUCCCUAUAAGAUCGAUGAGGAAUAUGCCGAAGAGCACGAUAGCAAGCCAGAAGUACCAGAGCUGACUGGAGAGCAGUCCGAACACGAAGAGUCGCCUGUGGCGCCUGAAGUCGCAGUCGCACCCAUCGCAGCGGAUGGGGAGGAGGCUGUGGAGGCCUCGGGUGGCCAGGAGAUUGCCUCAUCGCCCAUCGACGACACCAUGAAAUUUGAUUACGAAUCGCCAGUCGACGAAGCUGAGCCCGCAAAGGUGGCAGAGGUGCCCCAUCAGACUAACGAGGGGGUGGUGCCCAUCGAUACCGAGAGCGGAACUGAUGCGGAGACCAGCACCGAGCACCACAUCCAGACGCAGCUGCUGGAGGAGGACGAGGAACCAGUGCCAGAGCCAGAGAAAGAGCCAGAACCCGAACCCGAACCCGAACCUGAGCCAGAGGCAUUCCAGACAGUGGCCGAUGAAGAAUUGAUCCCAGUUAAUGAAGCUGAAACCGAAAGUGUGACGAAGACAGUCGAUGCGGCCGGGGAGGAGAUGCCAGAGGAUCUGGCUUCGGGGGAUCAUGAGCUGGAAGUGGCCGUGGCCAACGACGAGGUGGGGCCAACAGAAGCGUUGAACAUCGAAGUGCCAGCCCAGGUGGAGAGUGAAAGCCAAGUUGUCGAGGUGGGAAAACCGGAGCAGCCAGAAACCGAAAUGGAAAUAGAAAAACAAGUGGAAAAACAAGAAGAAAACGAACAAGAAGCAGAAACAGAAACAAAAACAGAAACAGCAGCAACUGAAGCCGCAGAAGUGGAGCUGGCGGCCACAGAAGCCAAGCCCGAUAUGGAGCCUGAGAUCGAUCAGGCGGAACAAAGCGCCGACAUCAAGCCGACAAGUGGCGAAGAUGAUUUAAAUGAAGCCAAUCAAUUAAAUCAAGACCAAGUCACCGAGCAGCAGCAGCAGCAGGAGGAGGAAGAGGAAGAGGAAGAGGAGGAGAUCGGUGAGAAAGAGCCCGAACAGGUGGUGGAAGUCCAUCAAGACGCAGAAACAGAUGCAGAUGAAGCCACAACAACAGAGAAACCAGUCCAAGAGCUGGAGCUGGAGCUGGAGCUGGAGCAGGAGGUGGAGGCAAUCACCGAAGCAGAGCACGAACAAUUGACAUACCCAACAAAUGAUGAUGAAUUGGCGCCAGUGGAAACAGAACCAGAGCUGACCACAGAGGAACCAGAAAUUGUUGAGAUUACCACCGAGUUGAACGAGCAGCAGCACCAGGAUGGAGAGGAGAAGCAGCAGCAGGAGGAGGAGCAUCAUGAAGCGGAGGAGCAGCAUGAGGAGGAGCAGCAGGAGGAGGAGCCCGAGGAAAAUGCAAAUGCAAUUAAGACGCCCGAAGUGUCGGAAGCAAUUGCAGAGCCCCAGGCGGAGAUGGAAAUCCAGUCUGCCGCCGAGAAAGAAGAGAUCGAACCAGAUGUCGAGCAGGUAGCCGAGCAGAUUCCACAGACUGAGCCCGAAGUAGAGUCCACGUCCACUAAUGACGAGGUGACGUCGCAGGUGAAUGCGGAUCAGGCCAAACCAGAGCUGGUCAUUAACAGCGAUGCAGAUAGCACUGCGGAAGCCACUGAGGAACCCGCUCAAACGGAGACCGCCCCCGAAUCCGAGUCCGAACCAGAAACCGAGGCCAGUGAAAGUGCCCCGACUCUGGAGGAGAUCAGUCAGCAGCAGGAUGCAGUGGAGGUCGAGAAAACUGAGAAUGACAACAUUAUCCAGGGAGCAGAGCCCAAUGAAGAGGAGGAAGUGAUACCCGAGCCAGUGGCUGAGCAAGAAAAGGAGGAAUCUCCAGUGGCAGAAAAGGAGGAAUCUCCAAUGACAGUCACCGAAGUCCAGGAGGAAACCCCAGUUGCCCAGGAAGAGGAUGAGUUGGCCAAGCCGGAGUUGGACUACACCAGCAUUGAGCAUCUUCAGGAGAUUUCCCAGCCUGAGGAAGAAACCACAGCUGCCAUUGAAGCGGAAGAGGCCGAAUCCACCUUAACCCCGGAAGUUGCCGAAGCACCCAUUUCCAUUGUGAGCGAGGAGCACGAUCCGGAGAAGGAUCCCCAGAACUUCCAUGAGAGCGAGAGCAUUGCCGACAUUCUGAGCGACCUGAUGCUGGAGGGAGACAGCACUGUACCCCCAGUGCCAUUUGGUGAGCAGCCCGCCCAAACGGUUCCCAUGGUGGAGGCCAACUCGGAGAACGAGGAGGAGCAACCGCACGAAGCCAUUUCCGAUCUGCAGGCCGAGGCCGACGAAACCCAAGAUCACGUGGAGCAAGUGCAGCCGGCUGAGGAGCCAGAACCCGCCAUUCCCGAACUGUUCGCCGAGGCAGCCAAUGAUGAAGAGCAGGAGGAUGAAGAGCAGCAGGUGACCCCCGUUCCAGAGCAGCCUGCGGAGGAUCAACCAUCUCAGGCGGUGGAGGAACACCAGCCCAUAAAGGAAGAAGAGCAUCAGCAAAUUGAAGAGGAUGCUCAGCGAAUUGUAGAGGAGCACCAACAAGAUGAGGAGGAGCAUCAAGAAGGUGAAGAGCAGCACCAGCAGGAUGAGGCGGAAGCCCCCAAGGAAGAGGAACCGCUGGAAACCGAAUCCCUGCCAGAGGAAGCCACCACAGAAAAGUUGCCGGAGUCCGAGGAGGAACGCACUCUCUCACCCGAAGAGCUGCCCUUCGAUCUCACCGAUCACUCCGAUGCCAUCCGCUUCAAUGAGCUGGAGUCGGACAACCUGAUCCUGGAAUCCACCACCAGCAUCGAUGGUCUGCAGGAGCUGGAUAGUAACCACAUCGAGGAAGAGCCCGCAGCUCAUGCGAUCCCGCAUGAGGAGGCCACUCCAAAUCCCGCCGACAUUGUAGAGAUCACCACACAGACCAUGUUGGGCUUGGCCAGUCGGGUGACCCUCAUGGAACCCGCUGCUCCCGUGGUGACCACUUUGAUGCCCCUGAUGACCGCCGAUGAGCCCACUCCGGAGCCCGUGGCCCCGGCUGCCAUUCCUUCCGCCUCUCUAGCCGCCAUCAAGCCCGGUUCGGAGCUUCGCAAGCGCGUGGACUUGGGUCUGGAGGCAAUCUCCCUGGGAUUGGCCUGCAGCAGCGAUCGCCAGUGCCAGCUGGCCGAUCCCCACACCGUGUGCAAUGGACGUGGAGUCUGCGACUGCGCCGUCGGAGAGCAGGGAACGCAGUGCAGCGCCGAGAGAACCGGAUGCAGUCCGGGAACCUUCCAGUGUCGCUCGAGUGGCGUGUGCAUCUCGUGGUUCUUCGUGUGCGACGGGCGGGCUGACUGCAACGACGCCUCCGAUGAGGAGUGCACCCACAAUGCCCGCCUGAGCCAGAGCUGUCCCGCCGAGUCCUUCCGCUGCCAGCGGAGCGGUCGCUGCAUUUCGCGGGCGGCCUUAUGCGACGGCCGGCGGCAGUGUCCGCAUGGCGAGGACGAGCUGGGCUGCGACGGCAGCUUGAGGGGCGGCAACGCCUGUCCGGAGCACACCUUCCGCUGCGGCAGCGGCGAGUGCCUGCCGGAGUACGAGUACUGCAACGCGAUCGUGUCCUGCAAGGACGGCAGCGACGAGCCGCCGCACCUGUGCGGCUCCCGCGCCCUCCCCAACCUAUUCAUGCGCCUCAUCGAGGCCGGCGGCCUGCUCGGCGGGGGGCGGCGGGAGGCGGACGCCUACUGCCCGCACCGCUGCAGCAACGGCCUGUGCCGCUCCACCGCCAUCGUCUGCUCCGGACGGGAUGGCUGCGGUGACGGCACCGACGAGCAGACCUGCGCCGUCUGUCGUUGUCCCGCCCCGACUGCUGCCAGCCUGCCCGCUUUCCUGGCCCGACAACGCCCCAUGCCGCUGUGGUAGGAACUUGCACCACUUGCAGCAGCUACAACACCUUAAAACCAACCACUUCCGGUCACCAUUUUGACCGAUGUUUUGCCACAAACUGUCUUCCGACCCCUUUAAAAUCUAUCGCUAUACCUGUACCCAGCCGCAUUCGAAACGAUUAUUGUCUAGCAUUUAAGUGGAUAUUUAAAAAGAAUUAUUUAUUUAUUUAUUAUGACCUUAGCUGCGUCCAAGCCACGCCCAAUUGCCACCUUGCUAUCAAAGGCGGCAUUCCGCCCCCUUUGAGCCAGUGAUGUUUGUCAAUUGCGCCACUGGACGCAACCCUAAACCACAUAUGUAUGCCACCACACACCACAAAUGACACACCCAAACAUCGCCCCCAUUUCGUCUAUUUAUUCUACUCAUCUGGACUCAUCAAAACUAUUUAUUUAUAACCCCCAACACACAUCACCCACAAACAGACACUACAACACUCGAAAAGGAUUCUUCAUUGAACUUAGUUUUAUGCAAUUUUCCAAUUUAUUUAAAUUAUUGGCCAGGCAUACCAGUAACGGAAAAGAUAACGAAAACCAUGAAAUGAUGCAUUUUUAUCGAUAAAUAUUUUGUAAAUAAGAGUAAACGUGUUCGAUGUACAUGAUAAACGAGAAUGCCUAUAAAGAAACGUAGGGUAUCUAACAUAACACAAUCAGAUCAUACUCCCUAUAUAGUUUAUUAUAUGUACGUACGUGUGAGAGGCACUCACACACUUUUCUCAAAGUCAAAACGCAUCACAAUAUAGCUACAAAAAUAAAGAGAUGACAAUAAAAAAUCUAUU